AUGCUGGUGCAUCUCUUGAUACUUAGCACCGCAUUCGCGGCAGCUAACACAGGGAAACACGGAGGCGUUGAGGUGCCGGAGUUCGGUGAGCCCAUCACCAACCUCACUGUUCCCAUCGGACGUGACGCGACUUUCGAAUGCAUUGUCGUCAACCUCGGCAAUUAUCGGGUGGGGUGGGUGAAAGCGGACACGAAGGCGAUCCAGGCGAUCCACGAGCACGUUAUCACGCACAACCCUCGGGUGUCGGUGUCCCACAGCGACCACUCCACGUGGUACCUCCACAUCAAGAAUGUACAAGAAGAAGACAGAGGGCAGUACAUGUGUCAGAUAAACACGGAUCCUAUGAAGAGUCAAAUGGGCUUCCUAGAUGUAGUUAUACCUCCAGACUUCAUCCCUGAAGAAACUUCAGGGGACACGAUGGUUCCUGAAGGUGGUACAGCACGAGUAGCGUGCAAGGCACGUGGCGUUCCACCUCCACGGGUAAUGUGGAAAAGAGAAGAUGGACAAGAAAUUGUCGUGAGGGACCAGACUGGAGCCAAGAGUAAAGUCCUUACUUACCAAGGAGAAGUGCUAAAGCUGACGAAGAUAUCGCGAUCGGAGAUGGGCACAUACUUGUGUAUCGCGGGUAAUGGCGUCCCGCCGACAGUCAGCAAGAGGAUUCACAUCAGUGUACAUUUUCACCCAGUGAUUCAGGUGCCCAAUCAGUUAGUGGGCGCGCCGCUCGGCACCGACGUCACGCUUGAGUGCUACGUCGAGUCUUCGCCGAAAUCCAUCAACUACUGGGUCAAAGACCCUGGUGAACUGAUAAUACCUUCGGAACACCACGAGAUGACGGUUAGGCAGAAAUCCAUGUUCGAGGCCGAAAUGACAAUGACUAUCAAGAAUAUUCGACGGGAAGACUUGGGGAGUUACAUUUGUGUCGCCAAAAACUCCCUCGGGGACGUCGAAAGCAAGAUAAGAUUAUAUGAAAUACCGGGGAACGAUAGACACGCAUACCAAUACCCCGAAGUGAGGCUACCAUCGGAUGACGAUUACGAAACUGACGGAUAUGAUGAAGAAGAAGCAAUUGACAGUGACAGCACCAAAACUAACAGAGUCCCAGACCGCGCCAACAAAUGGUAUUCAAAUGACGGUAAAGUGUCCCACAAAAAUGAUGCUUCAACAAGAACCACGGCUCAAUCAAUUAUUACAAUGUUUCUGCUCUAUAGAAUUCUAAUAUAAUCGUUGUUUUUGUUACUUUCAACGUUUCGAAACAAUAUACUCAAACUAAUUUAGGUAAAUUGAGGACAAUUAUAGUUUUUUUUUUUUUUUCUGUGCGAUGUAAUCAUGUUUGAUUGGCUUAUUUGUUUCGUGUUUCGGCUACGACAUGCAUAAUUUAGCUGAAACAAUUUUAUUAAUCCACCUGUAUGUAACGUGAUAAUAACUAGUCUUAAUAAUGUAUAUAGUUUAUAUAGGUGAUGUGUAAACCGUUGUAAGGACGUCGAGUCCUCAAUUUCUGACACUGUUAUUACAUUGAACACGAGGAAUAUGUGAAUUUUUAAACAAUUGUUUAUAUUGAAUGUGCCAUGUAUAUUGCUAUAUUUAAUAGACUUAUAACAAUGUUUUUAUUGAGCAUUAUAAAACAAUUAAAAUGUAAAUAAAUUUGAGAUGUUAAGCUGCGAGUUCAUAGAAAACAUAACAAUAUUAUUUGUUUGAUACAUAUUACAGUUGUAUAGUUACCAAGUAUUACUAACAAAAUUUUACAGCGAUUCACUCCGAUUGCAACUUUACCGCUCGCCGAAAUAUGUCCUUUACAAAUUGAAUGAAACGAAAUAAUAUCAUCACAAAGUUUUAAUCUCCAAAAAUUUAAGUAUCAUAAACACCGACAAAAGCAAUUUCGUGUUUAGAAAAAUUACAUUUUACUUAUAAAUUAAUUAAUUUCGUUUGAUAAGUAAUGAACAGAUAAUGAGCGCGUUCAGAAAGUUGCAAACGGAGUCUUUUUCAAUAUAUAAUGUAGUAAAUUAUGUAAUAUCUUCAGAACAAUGUACGUUAAUAUCCAGGUCGUUACGAAAAAUAAUAAAAUCAACAAC